UCGUCAAACAUUCUGAAUUGUGUUGGAAUUGCUCGUUCAAGAGAGUGCGUGUUUAUUUUCGGUGGUAUAGAUAGAAUAUUUUAUGUAGCCCCUAGAUUCGAAGGAGCCCCAAGCGAUUUAUCGUAUAUUUAUAAUAUUACGGAAUCACGUAUUAUUCAACCGAGCUAUCAGCUUCCCUUCAAUUUUACUCAUUCAGUAGUAGGGGUUAUCGGCGAUUUUAUGCACAUUAUUGUGUUAAGCUAUAAUGAUUAUCUUGAGGAUAACCAGAUAUCUAUCAUUCCUUUUAAUUUUGCCCGAUUUAAAUUUGAAAGUCCCGUUGUAACAUCUACUAAUUUGACAAAAACCCGACUUCGUGCGGCCGGAGUCCAGCCUCCUGGAUCAGAUGUAGUAUUG